AUGGCGUCGAAUUUGAAGAUUGCGCUGAUUCAGCUGUACUCCAAGCCGCUCGACAUCGCCGGCAACUUUGCCCGCGCCGAGUCGUACAUCCGCAAAGCCGCCUCGCAGGGCGCCCAGCUCGCCGUGCUGCCCGAAUACCACCUCUCGUCGUGGAAGCCCGACGGCAAGAUCCUGCUCGAAGCGGCCAAGGAGUCCGCGCCGUACCUCUUGAAGUACCAGGCGCUGGCCAAGGAGCUCGGCGUCGCCAUCGCGCCCGGCACGAUCCUGGAACCCAUCCCCGCCGCCAAGGACGCCGCCAGCAGCAGCAACAAGACCGAGGGCAUCGCCAACGCGGCGUACUUCAUCGGCCCGGACGGGGCCCUGCUGGGCCGGUACCAGAAGAAGAACCUGUGGCACCCGGAGAGGGCGCACCUGACGGCCGACGGGCUGACGCCGCACCGGGCGUUCGACACGCCCUGGGGCCGCAUGGGGCUCAUCAUCUGCUGGGACCUGGCCUUCCCCGAGGCGUGCCGCGCGCUGGUCGCCGACGGGGCGCGCUUCGUCGUCUGCCCCACGUUCUGGCUCAACAGCGACGGGGGCGACAUCGGGGCCGAGGUCAACCCCGAGUGCGAGCGCCUGUUCCUCGAGAGCGUGGCGGUUGCGCGGGCGUUUGAGAACACGUGCGGCUUCGUCUUCUGCAACACGGGCGCGCCGCUGGGGAGCGGGACGAGCGGCAAGGACGACGAGGGCACCGAGUUCAUCGGGCUGACGCAGGUUGCCAUGCCGCUGCAGGGGGCGCUGGGGAAGCUCGGCGUGGAGGAGGCCAUGAGCGUUGUGGACGUUGAUACCAAGGUGCUGGAUAUCGCGGAGGAGGUGUACAAGGUGAGGGCGGAUAUCGCGGUGGAGGGGUGGCAUUAUGCGCAUACUCUGUGUAAGAGGGAGUAA